ACCAUCAUAUCUAUCGAUUCUACCGACAGAGAUCAACCAACAGAGCUAAGCAUGGCGUACAGGGAGUUGGAGCUGACCCUCCUGUCGGCUCGCGACCUCAAGAACGUGAACCUGAUCACGCGCAUGGACGUGUACGCCGUGGUAACCAUCUCGGGCGACCCGCUGACGCGUCAGUGCACGGCGCCGGACCCCUCCGGCGGGCGGAACCCGUGCUGGAACGCCACGCUCCGGUUCGCCGUCCCUCCCACCGCCGCGGCGGCGGUGGGCGGGUGCCUCCACGUGCUGCUCCGCGCCGAGCGCGUCCUCGGCGACCGCGACGUCGGCGAGGUCAUCAUCCCGCUCGCCGACCUCCUGGCCGGCGCGCCGACGUCGGGGCCCCAGCAGCCGCAGCUCGCGUCGUACCAGGUCCGCAAGGUGCACCGCUGGGAGCCCCGCGGCAUGCUCAACGUGUCCUACCGCCUGGGCCCCGUCGUCGCCCCGGUAGCAGAGCCCCAGGAGAAGCCGCCGGUGGUCAUGGCCUACCCGGUGGGGGUGCCGUCAUCGCAGCCGCCCCGUCCCCCGGCCGAUGCCUAUCCGCCGCCGCCACCUCCACGUGCUCCGGCUCCGGCUCCGGCUCCGGCUCCGGGGCAGCCGCCGAGGAGCGGGCAGAGCAACAGGCUUGGUCCAGAGGGCCCUACUCAGGUUUGUGUGGGCCCUCACACGCAGAUCAUCCUUGGUGCCCACACCGGCCCACCACCGACAGGGACGACGACGAUGUCCCCCGCUCGAUCCAACAACAGCCAACGAAAGCUGGAUGGAGCAAGGCCCAAAGAGCACCCGCACCAUGAUGACACCGCCGCCUAUGCCCCUACUCAGCCUAUCAUCAGCCCAAGGAUGGAAGAUCGUUCAAGGCCCAGAGUGUUCUCACCGCAUCACACACAAGUAGGAUCCUUUCGAGAAGCUGAGGUGACUAGCCAGAGAGUGGCAGUGCCUCCCUCAAAGGAACCAUUGACAAGUCCACAUCCACCCUCCCGCCAUCCGCCGGCUUCCGCGUUUUCCUCCCGUAGCUCGUCGUCUUCCUCCUCGUCACCCUACGCCUCAGGUUACCCAUUUGCUCUCUCCCCCUGCUCCUCGGCCCAUUCAUCCGCUCCCUCUCCUUAUUCCUCAACUCACCGCUCCACCCCUUCUCCCCACUCUCCGCCUGUCCAACAAGUAGCAAGGGACGAGUUUGGUGCUAGGGCAAUCAGCCACACCAAUGCUUCUCCCCGCUCUCCUAGCCAGCCGGCAGCGAGAGACGCCCUUGGUGAUAGGGCAAUUAGACACACCAAUUCUUAUUCUGCCUCCACUCCUCGAGUCUCCUCAUAA